AUGAGCAUGAAAAGAAAUGGCCCUAAAGCGAUCCCCGUAAUUCAUAAGCAUAGGGCCCCCAACAUCUUCACCUGCAUCCAGCAACAACUAGUUAAUGCAAGGGUUCAGACCCUGAGCGAGCCCCAUAUACCUAUAAACUACCUGACCUGGUGCUACCUCGAGUUAUUUGGGGGCCUCUUGCCCGAGGCUAGUUUAGGGAAGUGCUCCAAACGACUCCGGGGAACCGCUAGGUAUAUUCUACAGACGUUUUCGAGUCAAUUGGUAUAUACCUUGCCGUCGCUAGACCCCGUUAAGGCCUUCAAAUAA